UUUCGCAGUCACGUGAUUCUAUAGUGGAAAGAGACAUGAACUAUGUUGCAACUCUCGCUUUGGUUUUACUGAUUGUUCAAGCAUUUCCUGUGUCUUCAAUGCAAUGUCAAACAGGUUGGACUCGCAGUGGACUGAGUUGUUACCUUCUCGUUAGAGCAUUUAAAGAAUUGAAUGAUGCAGAAACAGACUGCGUUAGUAAAGGAGGACAUCUCGCAUCUAUCACAUCAGACAACGAGAACUCUGUCGUUUUAAGCUUGAGAGGAACAUCCACAGCAGACGCAAAUGACACAUGGAUUGGUUUGCAUGAUCGAGUUGUUGAGAAUACGUUUAUAUGGACCGACGACACGAAGAGCACAUACACAAACUGGGAUCCUGCAGGCAAUGAGCCCAAUGACAGUGGUGAUUGUGUAAGAAUAAGAUCUGAUGGAAAAUGGAGAGAUCACAACUGCUCAUUUUUAUAUCCGUACGUGUGUGAGUCUAAUGCCACACUCUCUACAACACAAACUCCGACAACUUUAUCAGCAACGACAUCAGCAGGUGCAACAGCCUUGUUGUCAACUGCUACUGCAAGUGGCACACAAUGGCAGACCAGAGAUUCUACGUCUAGAUCACGACAUACAUCAGUACCAAUCACGACUACUGACAGUACAGAGUAUGCAAAAUCCAGCAAGACUUCAAGUUCAGCAACAACUUCCAGAUCAAACGUCAAACCAUCUAAAAGAAUGAUACAUUUAACCAGAGCUAUCCACCCUACCCUUUUGGCAGUUUCAACGCCAUCACAAGCUUCAACCAACAAGUUUGUUUCAAGUGCUGUGUCUGCAUCAGUCAAUAAAGCCGGCAGUACGAGAGAUGUCGUACCUUUCAAAUUGACUUCUCAGUCCGUUUCCGUUUCUGUAUCUCUAAAACCAACACAGGAGCAUCUUGUCGGCAUACGGUUGAAUAGAAAAAGAAAAGGUUUCAACUCGACCUGCACAAUGAAUGUAGAGACGUCAGACAAUCUGCACGUGAGUCAAAUGUAUGUCGGUAUUGCGGCCCGAAAGCCAAUGUUUGCAAGUGUUUCAACGAAUGCAUUUCAUCAACGUUCUGGAUCAGACAAGAUUAAUAUACUCUACGAAUCAGCAGUUGAGCUAGAAAGAAGUGCGGCACGUGAGUCAGAGAACGUCAUUUACAACAUGUAA